AUGCAUUGUGGGCCUCCCGACAUGGUCUGCGAGACGAAGAUCGUGGCCGCCGAGGACCAUGAGGCGCUGCCGGGGGCCAAGAAGGACGCGUUGCUCGCCGGCGCCAUGUGGCCCCCGCUGCCCGCCGCUCCGGGGCCGGCCGCCGCGCCCCCGCCGGCUCCGGGGGCCCAGCCCCGCGGCCGGGCCGGGGGUGCGGGACCACCCGAGGGGCGCGGCGUGUGCAUCCGCGAGUUCCGCGCCGCCGAGCAGGAGGCUGCGCGCCGCAUCUUCUACGACGGCAUCCUGGAGCGCAUUCCCAACACGGCCUUCCGCGGCCUGCGGCAGCACCCGCGCACACAGCUGCUCUACGCCCUGCUGGCGGCACUGUGCUUCGCCCUGACCCGCUCGCUGCUGUUGACAAGCCUGCUGCCCGCCGCACUGCUGGCCCUGCGCUACUACUACAGCCGCAAGGUGAUCCUGGCCUACCUGGAGUGCGCGCUGCACACGGACAUGGCCGACAUCGAGCAGUACUACAUGAAGCCGCCGGGCUCCUGCUUCUGGGUGGCUGUGCUGGAUGGCAACGUAGUGGGCAUCGUGGCUGCGCGGGCGCACGAGGAGGACAACACGGUGGAGUUGCUGCGCAUGUCCGUGGACUCGCGCUUCCGUGGCAAGGGCAUUGCCAAGGCACUGGGCCGCAAGGUGCUGGAGUUCGCCAUGCUACACAACUACUCAGCCGUGGUGUUGGGCACGACGGCCGUCAAGGUGGCUGCCCACAAGCUCUACGAGUCCUUGGGCUUCAGACACAUGGGUGCGAAUGACCACUACGUGCUACCUGGCAUGACCCUCUCGCUGGCCGAGCGCCUCUUCUUCCAGGUCCGCUACCACCGCUACCGCCUGCAGCUGCGGGAGGAGUGACCGCUGCCGCCCGCCCACUGCCCGUCACCCGCCGCCUGGCCGCCCUGUCUGCCUUGCCCGCCUGCCCGCCGCCUGGCGCGG